UAAGAAGUUUACAUUAUUUCAGGAUCCAAGCCUCCACAGACUACCAUAACUUCCCCAUCUAGGCCCUAAUUGUGGCGCAAUCACAGCCGAACAUUUUAAAAAUAUACAGAGGAAUAUAUUUCAGCGGAUAAAAAGCUAAGUAUCAAAAGUGACACGCGGGCGGUUUUCGAAAAUAAGUGCACAUGAGAUCGUAACAAACAUAGUGACUGAUCGGUUAUUAAUCUUUAUUAUUUUAUCUGAAAAUAUGUACGAAGAUAUACCGCACAGAAAAUGCUGGAAUGUUUGUAUUUCAUCGUAUGAAAAAGUAAGUCACCGUUAAUAUAAAUUAACAUUAUUUAUUUUUGAAAAGAAUGUAGCUUAUUCAGUGUCUGUAUCUUUCAGAUGUUAAAUUGCAAUAAUUACCAAACAAAACCUUAUUUAUUCGUAUACUGUUGAACUAAAUAAAAUCCAACAUCCAUCCAUUAUUUACGGGAUAGAUUCAAAUCUACCACACUCGGUUACGGUUUAACUGCUGCCGCCUGGGUGAAGAGGCCGCGCCCUCUUUGCUUUGUCGCUUUCUGAUUGGCUAAAUCUUUUGCCACUGACAUUCUUCGACUGGCAGUACCAAACAACCUUUCAGAAAAUCUGCUGAAAGCGGCUUCUCUCCGUGUAUGACAUGCACGUUCUUUGCUCCUCAAUAAACGAUUUCUUCCGCACCUAAACGAUUUGGAUCUUACUUUUGUUAUGGAUACAUGCGGGCGGGAAUGCAGAUAGGAAUUUCUUGGCAUGAGCUAUGAUUUAGCUGGGUCAAGCCAGUGCCGGGAGUCCGUGAUGAGCAGCAACCAGGGGCGGAGCUUCAUCAACCCUCUUGUUCAAAGUAAGAUGGAAGGAGCUGUUGGCACUGCGGUCCCUCUGGCGCUCCGGAAAACAGAUAGCCUCCCACACUAUUCCCACGACAAAGUUUUACCGAUCGGUAGGGGCUACUUUUCUUACUCCCUCAGUGGACAAGAUCCUCUUGACUUUAAUGCUCUAUGGGACUCGUCUAAGACCUGCGUGAGAAAUGGAUCAAGCCCAGGGAUUCACCCAUCGGCCACCGAGGGGUCAAUUGCAAUUCCUGGCAUUUACAGGCCCGAAAAUGUAUCUUUCCCUAUGGAUGGUGGUGGCAGCCGCUCUGCUGGACCGCAAAGGUUGACUUAUUAUGCCAGCAGUCCCAGACAUCACAGUCCCAGUCAUCACAGUCCCAGACAUCACAGUCAUCACAGUCCCAGACAACACAGUCCCAGACAUCACAGUCCCGCUACUGGGGUCAUCUCGCCAGUGGCUGUUCCAAAGAGCCGCAUUGUAUCUUCAACAGAUGCAGAGGGCUGUGUCGGAUUGGCUGUUCCAAAACCAGUGUAUGGUCAUAGCCCCUGCUGCACAGAGCGUGGAUGCGUUCAUAACUACGGUGUGGAACACGGCGCGCAUAGGAUGUCUCCACGCAUAUAUGAUGACGAAUGGGCUGCACAUUUUAGCCGCCUGGCGUACUUGCAUAAAAAGGGCCAGGAGGCCUUGGCACAGCAGAGGGCUUUGCAGUUAGAGCGUGGUGCAGAGGGAAUACCUUUAAAGGAUGGAAAGACUGAUGGUUACCAUGGUAUCAAUACAAAUGGUCCUGGGAGAUCGCUUCCUUUAAUGGAACCAAGCCACAGCGCCUAUACAUACAACACCGCACAUCCAUAUAUCGCCACGUCAGAGUACUGUCAACGUGCCCCAAUCCCCUUACAAAUACACAGAGGUCUCCCCGCUGCUUAUGACCCGAGGAUAUUGACGCAUCGUGGCGUCCCUCCUAAGGUAUAUCCGGAUCGUCCUUAUGUUCAUAAAUACACACAGAUACCUCCGUGUUCCAGUGUGUACUACGAGGCGUACCGAGCCGAUCCCAAUGCUGUUACUGCAGAACAUGCUCAGCAUAAUCACAUGGCUCAGUUUCAUUCACCCCAGCCUGAUCUGUCCAAUUUGUCAACAUCAUGCUCUGUUGUUCCCCCACGCCAUCCACUGAUCUCAAAAUUCCCAACCUACCAUCCAUACGGAGUGAGAUUAAAUACUAACCAGGCCCUCCUGCACGAGAGGCCUUUAUCCAUACAUCAAUCUGAGCGACCACUUGAUUUCUCCCUAAGAAGGGUGCAGACACCUGACUCCACUCAGGAGCUUUGUAGACAGUCUGGAACUCCUGGGGCUUUCCACCCCACACAGGCCAACUACAGACAUCCUAACAGCGCAGUCGCUGAGAGACCUUUUGACUAUUCUGAGAUGUCUGGAACCGGCUUCCUUGCAAAUGGCUGUAAAGGACUCGCCACUAUUCCAAAAUCUUACGAAAAAGAACACCGGCAUGGUGGUUCACCCCGUAAAGAUUCGCUACCUAAAAGACACAGAGACGAAAGUGAUAAUGGUAAUGAAAUUGAUGUACCCGUUAAAAAGCAAAAGACUGUAGCAACAGAGCAACCAGAAGAGUCACACCCCAGCCCACCAAUGCCAGUCAUUAAUAAAGUUUUCAGUUUGGCUCCUUAUAAAAUGUAUUUUGAAGCGACAGGUAUGAUGUCUCCGCAGGAGAAUUCAGGAAGCCCACAACCUGAGCCAGCACGGCUUAAAAAAGAACCAGAUAUUCAAAGUAGAGAUCAAGAAGCAAAUUCUUGUGAAAAUAAUCUCGGCCCAAAAGGGAAAGCGUUGCCGGCUAACAGUAACAGUCAAGCUGAAACAGAAGAGAUCAUAAACAUCAAAAAAGAAAAACUGGAUCCAGAUGAAAUGGCUUAUCAGUCGGAAAUAAAAGUGUGCGUCAUUGAGGAGAUGAACAACACCGUUUCGGUCAAAGAAGAGCAGGGGGAGUUGGAAGAAAGUAUGUCUGGCUCUGUGCCUGAAAACAUUGUGAGAAAUGAUCUGAACAGCGAUCCGCCCUUAGAAGGAAAGUCUGAAUCUUGUCAGACCGAGAAUGCUGUGAAAGAAUUCCCUGCUCCAUUUACUAAAUACUCCCUCGGUAAAAUCCCACCUCAUUGCCUUAAAUUGUCCAAUUUUAAGAUAGUCAUCCCCGAAAUCCUAAGAGCUUCCACAACCCAACCUGUCGACGUUCCUCAAUCUCCCGUGGAGGUCAAGCCCAUCAUAAGCAGCAGCAAACAAGCCCGUCACCAGUUUAUGGAGCUUCACCAGUCCCUCUGUAGACUUGUACAUAGUUUUGUUACUCACACACCCUGUCAAGAGCUCAAGGACUGGUUAUGCAAACUGAACCUUCAAGAGUCGUCCUCUCAUCCAAGCAAACCCCAGAAAGUGUCUUGCCUCCUAGGAUUGAAAAUAAGGGAAGUGUGGCUGAAAAGUGAGGAGACUUUGAUGGCUCUUCGAAAGGUGAUCUGGCAGCUUCAGAAGUACAUGGAAAGUCGUGAAUGUCCCUUUCCUCAUGUCAUGAGGGCCGGCGCUGUGUUCAUUCCUAUGCUGGUGGUGAAAGAGGUUCUGUUUCCUCAGGUUCAGGGAACUUUCAUAGACCAGGUCCUCCAAGAGCAUCGGGUGGAGCUCAGGCCCACCACACUGUCAGAGGAGAGACAGCUGACUCAGCUUCACAAAAAAGCAUUUUCUUCUAAACUCAGGAGGCUCUUGUCUCUUAAACACCUGCCAGAUAUCUAUCCUGAUGUUCUCAACCUUCUUUACUACGUCAGCGUCUGCAAGUUCCUUGAUUCCACUGCUACAGAUGGUGUCCAAAAAUUGCCAAGGAGCAAAAACACGCUUGACAUUCAAGAGAGAGAGUACGGACAGCUCAGAUGACUCUACUAGUCGUGUGAACGGCCCAGAUGAAUUCUACCUCAAGUC